UUUAGUUCAGUUAAAAACGGCCGACGAAGCGGACGCGUCGCUAAAAGAUCACGACUAAAUAUAUUUAUACAUAUAUAUGGUAGAUGGUUAAGAAAAGCAGUUAAAAAAGUUAAGAAAGCGAGCAAAGAACGGUCAACUCUCUCCCGCGGCCGCACUCUCCAUCUCUCUCACGCGCUCCUCCUCUCUCAUCCGCUCGAUUUCUUUGCGCCUGCGCAACGGUCAUUCUUCGCCUUUCCUCUCUUCGCGCUCUCUCGCAAAAGUGAAAAUAUUUGGAGAAAUUUCUUGGGGGCAGCCAAAGAAAAAGAAGAAGAAGAAGCAGAAUUUCGGUCUGGAGUUUUUUAGUGUGUCAGGAGUGGGCAUUGGUAUCGGUAUCAUCGUAUCUUGCCUUGCCUGUAGUGUCAACAAAGAGUUAAAGAAUCGUCUACAAAAAUAGUUUUCCGUUCUGUCGUACUCAGUUUUUUUCCUCGCGAACGACCUUUAAAAACCUCUGCAAGUGCCAAAAGUUGCGAUAUAUUAUAAACCCGAAACCAUAACAAGCCAGUUCGCAAACUCCCCAAUGUCAAUGACCUAAUUUCCGGGUUUCUCAGAAAAUCAAAGUGGGAAAAAUCAAAUCAAGUAAAUGCAAACACGAGCAGCUGCAGCAUCUUCGAUUAAUGCCAAUAGCAUCCGGCUAUAUGUUUGUCUGACAAUUAAGCAGUUCACUCAAGCCUGGAAUUUGUCGUAAAUCGGUCUAGUUCACCCCCACCCAACCCACAGGAUACACCUGAGGACGACUAACCACUCUCCUGCUGAACUUCUUUUGUACAACAACCUACCUAAAGCAACCUCCAGGACAAGCGACUAAUGGAAACAUGGACAGACGCUCAACGGCGACAGAAGGAUAUUCAACUAGCUUUUCGAAGGACUUAAUUGCAUAAAUUUAUAUGAACAAUUCAGCAGCUUCCAAGUAGGAAACAUCAGAGUAAACACUUCCAAACCAAAAUAUUAAAGAGGGCAGAAGGGAGAAGAAACCAGCUAGGAAAACCCCACUGGAAACUCGAGCGCACACUGCAAAUGACAAAGAUUUGCUUCCUAACUUAAGGACUUAACCGCAGGAUAAUAGCAUACAGAAGAAGAGAAACAAAAAACCGAAAGAAAAAAAGAAAGAAAGAGGAAAGCGAGGCAACACAAACAAUCGAACAUGUCACACGCGGCAGCCAACAAAGCGGAAACGGAAGCAGCCCCAAACAGCAGCCUCAAACAGUCCGCAGCCCCCCAGCCCGCAAACAGUCACGAUGCCAAGCUGCUCAACGGCUCCUUGGCCCCCCGAACCAACGGACUAACCAACCACGCCGCCAGCGCGGUGGUGGGCACCUCCUCCUCCUCCGGCUACGGCAUCUCGAGUGCGGCCGGCUCCGGUGCGGGCUCCGGCGGAGCCACCUCAUCCGUCUCCGCCUCCGCAUCCUCGUCCGCGGCGGCCGUGGCAGCGGUGGCGAACUCGACGGCCCUCCCCUUGCCGCCCAGCAGCAACGGCCUCCAGAUGCCCUACGAACGGUUCCGGGCGGACGACGCCAGCUACGUGCCCAUCGCCCAGUUCUACGCGGGUCGCAGCGUCUUCAUCACCGGCGGCACUGGCUUCAUGGGAAAGGUGCUGGUGGAGAAGUUGCUGCGCUCAUGUCCGGACAUAAGGAAUAUAUAUCUACUGAUACGACCGAAACGCGGUCAAGAAGUGUCGGCCCGUCUCACGGAACUACUAAAUGCACCACUCUUCGAAUCACUGCGUCAGGAGAAGCCGAAGGAACUUAGCAAAGUCAUACCGAUUUCGGGCGACAUAACCUCCGAGGAACUGGGUAUUUCAGAAAAAGAUCAGAACCUACUGUGUCGCAAUGUUUCCGUUGUCUUUCAUUCGGCUGCCACUGUGAAAUUCGACGAGAAGCUCAAACUGUCUGUCACAAUCAAUAUGCUGGGCACGAAACGCCUCGUCGAGCUUUGCCAUCGCAUGCUGUCACUGGACGCACUAAUCCAUGUAUCCACUGCCUAUUGCAAUUGCGAUAGAACCGAUGUGUCUGAGGUUAUCUAUGCACCGCCCUACAAUCCCGACGAUAUCAUUUCCCUAAUCAACUGGCUUCCGGAGGAUAUACUCGAUCAGCUGACACCGCGCCUGAUUGGCAAGCGUCCCAAUACGUACACAUUUACAAAAGCCUUAGCGGAGCAUAUGUUACUUAAGGAGGCUGGUAAUCUGCCCGUUGCCAUUGUGAGGCCAUCGAUUGUGACUGCCAGCCUGAAUGAGCCGUUUGCCGGAUGGGUGGACAACUUCAAUGGGCCAACGGGCCUGGUUUCGGCGUUGGCCAAGGGCAUGUUCCGCACGAUGAUGUGCGAGAAGAACUAUGUGGCCGAUAUGGUACCUGUCGAUAUUGUGAUUAACCUGAUGAUUGCCGCCGCCUGGCGCACAGCGACCCGCAAGUCCAACAACCUACUCAUCUACAAUUGUUGCACCGGUCAGCGCAAUCCCAUCAUUUGGUCGGAGUUUGUCAAACACGCCAUGACGAGUGUGCGCAAGCAUCCCCUGGAGGGCUGCCUGUGGUAUCCGACUGGCGACCUGCGCAUGAACCGCCCCAUGAACACGCUGAACUGUAUAGCCAAGCACUUUCUGCCGGCCUACAUUCUGGACGGAGUGGCAAGAAUCAUGGGCAAGAAGCCAUUCGUUGUCAACGUACAAAACAAAAUUGCCAAAGCUGUGGAAUGCCUGGAGUACUUUGCCACACGCCAAUGGCGCUUCAAGGACGACAACGUCCACGCCCUGCUGAACACACUGAGUCCCAAGGAUCGCGAGAUCUUCGUCUUCGACGUUCGCCACAUCAACUGGGACAAGUACGUGGAGCGCUACGUUCUCGGCUUCAGGGAGUUCCUGUUCAAGCAGCGGCCCGAGUCGCUGCCGGCCAGCAGAAAGCGCAUGCUCAGGCUCUACUAUCUGCAUCAGCUGACCAAACUGGUGGCGGUGCUGCUCACCUGGCGCUUCCUGAUGUCGCGCUCGAAGCGCCUGAACGACUUGUGGAGCUCCUUCCUGGAGAACGCGCUGCGGAUGGCGCGCUUGAUACCCUUUUUGUAAUUAAGUGCGGAGGGCGACCGGCGUGGAAGCUAGGAGACAGCAGCCGCGGACAUAUGUAUAUGUGCUGGGAUCUGGCAGGAUCUGCGAUGUUCUUCUUCUUUGCGAUUUCUAAAUGCUUUAACAUGGCGUAAAUUUUAGAGGUUUUUAGCAAAUAGUUAUAUUCAUAUUUUUUAUAUAUGUUACAAUGAGUAAACAGCAGAAGCCACAAUACAUCAUCCAACAACCACGACGCGCGGAGCAUUAGCUAACUAACAGAUAAAAAGGAAAGAUAUUGACAUUAACGCAAUGGGGUAAUCAAAUGGCAUCCAUCACAUUAUUCAGAUGCAAUUGUAGUUCAGGUGUCGGUUGUUGUCUCCACUUAUCUCUCUCCUUCUGCGGGAUUGUAAAGUUUUGUGAAAUAAUUUAAACGCGCAAGGAGAAAGCCCAAAGUAGAAGUGAAUUCCACCUUUUUGCAUAAAGAGAUUGGGGAUCGAGUGAAUUUAUGGUCGGGAUUCAUCGAUAAUGAAGCAAUUUGCAUGAAUUAAUACAUACAAAACCAACUAUACAAAAAGAACUUUGAAGACAUACAAAAGCGAUUAAUUCAGCAAUGAUUAGUAAAGAGAAUAAAUGAAAUUAUAAGAAAUGGCUUGUUAUUGCUUUAAAAAUUACAUAAACGUAACGUAAACUAUGCUAAUUAAUUAAUAUUAAUUAUAAAUAUUAUUACGUAACGAGCGAACAUUGCAUAUAAAUAAUACGACAAACAAAAACCAACAUUAUUUAUAAUUGAAUGUAGUUUUAACAUUUUUACAUUUACAAUUAAGUUUUCAAUUUAUAUAAAACAAAGCAGAAGGAGCGGAAUUAUAUACGACAGGAGACAAAAAUUCAGAUAUACAAAAUUCAAUUUAUGUAUAUGUAUAUGACAAAAAACGAAAACACAAGCAAAAAACUACAAAAAAAUCAUAAUGAUAAUAAAUUAAUGAAAACAAAAAAUUAUAUUUAUAUAUAAACAUCAGAAACAUAAUUUCUUAGCAUUUGCAGCCUAAAAACUAAAUCUAAGCGUAGCCAGAAAUGGAGUUUCCAAAAAAUAACAAACUAUGAAUGAAGUUUUUUGUGAGAAACGCAAUUAGAGAAACAUGAUUAUGAAAUUUAUAUUUAAAUGCGAUAAAUUAAAAAAAAAAAAAACAAAACUAAAACCUAUACAAACAAAACAAACAAACAAAAACACACAGAAACCAAGACACAUAUAGUAAGAACAUUCCAUCCAGUCAGUAGGAAAUCGGGUCAUCAACCAACUCUUCCUCCACUUUGGACUUUUGCUUCCCGUCUCGUUUGAUCGAUAUGGGCCAGGUAAUAUUGGCCGGGUUACGGCCAGGAUAUAGUUCGUUCUCGGGUUCGUUUUCGUGCAAUUAUUAAAUAUCUUAUGUUAUGCCUAGAAUUUAUUAUGUUUUAUUUCUAAAUCGAUUUGUAAAUUGCAGUGCAUCAAUAAAAUACACUUCCAAAAUAAUAAUACAAA